UGCUCUAUGACGCUGUGCACGCAACAAGACCGGGUGCUGGAGUUUGACGUGGCACUUUCGGCACGCAAUUCAACAUCAGCAGUGGAAAGGAGGCUUCAGAUCAUUAUUGUCUUUGAGGCCACCGAUUUUUCUCUGGAUUGGAAUGAAAGAAUUAUAACAGCAGAAUGAGUCAGCAGGGUUAUGUUGCUACCCCUCCAUACUCCCAGGCCCAGGCUGGAAUGGGGGGAUACUCUACUGGUUUUGGGAACCCCCCACCUCAGUCCCAUUACGGGGUCUAUGGAUCUCCACCACAGGCUUAUUCUGCCCCUCCAACAGGAAUGCUCAAGCCACCUGCCUUCUCUCCUUCUGGGAUGCCCCCACCACCAGUAUCCAGCCAGUAUGGAGCUAACAUUCAGCAGAAUGGGGCCCAUGCCCAUGGUUACCCUCACCCUCCUGUUGCAUCGGCUCCUUCCAUGUCUCCUUAUGGACAACCACCUCAAAGUGUUUAUAACAGCAUGGCACAAGCCCCGCCUCCAACUCAACAGCUGACCAAUCAAAUGAGUGCAAUGAACAUUGCAGGAUAUGGCCAAAGACCCAUGCAAGCACAACAGUCCCCCUCCAGCUCGGCACCACAGCCAUAUCAAACAGCUCCACCACCAGCGAUGGGACAUCCUCCGCUGUCUCUACCAGGACAACAGCCACCCACACUGGGAUCUCCUCCACCACUGGCCACAAUGGGUUCUAUGCAAGCUCCACCAAUGGGAAUGUCUGGCCCAUCUGGACCGGGUAACUCUCUGGGUGGAGUUGGACUCCAACAACCACUUGGAUCGCAAGGCUAUCCACAGCAACCAGGAAGCCCGAAUGCAGGCCCCUAUGGUGGGCAAAUGGCAGGACCACAGAUGGCAGGGCCACCAACUGGUGCUUUCCCAGGAGGCUUUCAAGGAGGUUCAGCCCAAAUGGCAGGGCCUCCUCAAAAGAAGCUGGAUCCUGAUUCUGUUCCAAGCACGACUCAAGUGAUUGAGGAUGACCAAGUUAAGAGAGGAGGCCAGGUCUAUGUCACAAACGUCAGAGGUCAGGUGCCACCACUGGUCACCACUGAUUUUACAGUACAGGAUCAAGGGAAUGCCAGCCCAAGGUAUAUGCGAUGCACAACAUAUACCUUCCCCUGCACUGCUGACCUUGCAAAACAGUGCAAAGUGCCACUGGCUACCAUUAUUAAACCCUUUGCUACUGUGCCCAAAAAUCAGACUCCUCUGUACAUUGUAAAUCAUGGCGAGGCUGGACCAAUACGUUGCAACCGCUGUAAGGCCUACAUGUGCCCUUACAUGCAGUUUAUCGAUGGAGGACGACGCUACCAGUGUGGGUUUUGCAGCUGUGUUAAUGAAGUUCCAGUGCAGUAUUUCCAGCAUCUGGACCAUAUGGGGAGAAGAAUGGAUCUGUAUGAGAGACCAGAACUGUCUUUGGGCUCUUAUGAGUUCAUUGCUACACUGGAUUAUUGCAAGAAUAACAAGCCUCCAAAUCCUCCAGCCUACAUCUUCAUGAUCGACGUCUCUUACAACAACAUGAAAAGCGGACUCGUCAAACUAAUAUGUGAGGAACUGAAGAUCUUGCUUGACAGACUUCCUAAAGAGGAGGGUGCAGAGAGUUCGGCCAUCAAAGUGGGUUUUGUCACCUAUAAUAAGAUCCUGCACUUUUACAAUGUGAAGAGCGCUCUGGCCCAGCCACAGAUGAUGGUGGUCUCUGAUGUGGCUGAGAUGUUUGUACCGCUUCUUGACGGAUUCCUCGUCAACUUCCAGGAGUCCCGGGCUGUCAUCAAUAAUCUUUUAGAUCAAAUUCCUGACAUGUUUUCUGACACCAACGAGAGCGAGACUGUGUUUGCUCCAGUCAUCCAAGCUGGUGUAGAGGCACUAAAGGCAGCUGAAUGCAGUGGCAAACUCUUCCUUUUCCAUUCCUCUAUUCCAACAGCAGAGGCUCCAGGAAAACUGAAAAACAGAGAUGACCGAAAACUAGUGGGAACAGAAAAGGAGAAGACUCUGUUCCAGCCUCAGCGGGGUGUGUAUGAGCAGCUGGCUAAAGAUUGUGUAGCGCAGGGCUGUUGUGUAGACCUUUUCUUGUUUCCAAACCAGUAUGUGGAUAUCGCCACCAUGGGCGAUGUACCCUCACGCACCGGAGGCUCUAUCUACAAGUACAGCAACUUCCAGGUGGAGGUUGACGGUCAACAUUUUCUUAAUGAUCUUAAGAGAGAUGUGGAAAAGUCCAUCGGUUUUGAUGCUGUCAUGCGUGUCCGUACCGGCACAGGCUUCAGGGCUACAGAUUUCUUUGGUGCCAUCUAUAUGAAUAACACCACAGAUGUGGAGAUGGCUGCAGUGGACUGUGACAAGGCUGUGACUGUUGAGUUUAAACACGAUGACACACUCAGUGAGGAGGCUGGAGCUGUUAUGCAGUGUGCUUUGCUGUACACCACGAUCAGUGGACAGAGGCGGCUGCGGAUUCACAACCUCAGUCUGAACUGCAGCUCACAGCUGUCUGAGCUCUACAAGAGCUGUGAGACAGAUGCGCUUAUCAACUUCUUUGCCAAGUCAGCAUGCCAGGCCAUACUCAACCAGCCACUGAAGGCAGUGAGAGAAAUCCUGGUUAGCCAGACAGCUCACAUGCUGUCCUGCUACAGGAAGAACUGUGCCAGCCCAUCAGCAGCCAGUCAGUUAAUCCUGCCUGAUGCGAUGAAGGUGUUUCCAGUCUACAUGAACAGUCUGUUGAAGACUCCAGCUCUAGUGGGUAAUGCUGAGCUCUCCACUGAUGACAGGGCCUUUAACAGACUCAUGGUAAUGUCAAUGGGAGUGGAGGAGACCCAGGUCCUGCUCUACCCACGACUCAUCCCACUGCACACAAUGGAUUUAGGGAGUGAGUCAAUCCCAGCACCGGUGCGGAGCUCUGAGGAGCGGCUCAGUGAGACGGGCAUUUUCCUGCUGGAAAACGGACUCUCUAUGUUCAUCUGGCUGGGACAGGCCUGCGCACCCGAACUCAUCCAGAACCUCUUCAAUGUGCCCUCUUUCGGACACCUCAGCACAGAAGGGCAGACGUCAUUACCUGUGCUGGAAAAUGCUCAUUCCAGGAAGCUCAAUUCAAUCAUCUCCAGCAUUUCACAGCAGAGGGCAAAAUCCAUGAAGCUGCUGAUAGUGAAACAGAAGGACAGAGCAGAGAUUCUGUUUCGUCAGCACCUGGUAGAGGAUAAAGGUCUUCACGGAGGAGCGUCCUACAUGGAUUUCCUGUGUUACGUCCACCGCGAGAUAAGGCAGCUACUUACUUAACACACAAACAGAGUAAAGUGUGUUAUAACGCAAAGUACUCUUCUCUUAUACGCUCUACAGCUGCCUAUAAUAUAUGACCAAAAUCUUUCUCUGCAGUUGAGUUUGCAAACUUUGUGCUUUAUUCCUCAGUAUUUCACAUGGGUGGUGUCGAUAAAUAGGUGUUAGAUUUAAACACCUUUAAAUAUGCCACAUCUUUCUGUUCUGAAGAGGUAUUUAUGACAUAUCUGAGAGCUCUUUGAAAUUAUUUUCUUAAAUCAGGCCCCAAAUUACAUUUAGUUUAACAAAAGGAAACGUUUAGUUGAAUCCUUCUCAAAGUCAAAAAACAGCAAAAUGAAUACUGGCUUGUAAAGUGUUUUUUAAAAUGAAAAAUCUGUGCUGUCUAUUAAAUUAAUAGAUGACCAUAGAUCUUUGUGACCAGAACUAUACAGUACAAAUUAGUCAUUGUUUUUAAUUUGUAUGACUUCAGGGAUAUAGAUCCCUUGGAUGGAUGGAUGUUUUGCAAUGAAAUCUGUUGGUGGUAUUAAGUUAGCAGUAACAUGAAAGGUUGUUUAUUCAUAUACGCAGUAUAUUCCAUUCUAGUUAAGAAACCUGUAUAUCAACAUCUGUCUGCUAUACCAUUUUUUUGAAGAAAAAAACAAAAACAAAAAAAACUCUUGUCUUAAUUUCUGUGAUUUUACAAAUCACUGAUUUUUACAUUUAGUUUGUAUGUUUCAAAUACUUCAAAAUAUGAAAAGGGACACUCCACGGCUUUUCAACAUCAUGCUUAUGAUUUCCAUAAUCACACUUUUAUAAAAAUUGAAAACUGAAAGCCGAAAGCUCAACCAUUAAAACUUCAAAGAAAACAUAUCAGAAUGUAAUUGGGAGCUGCUGUAUUCCUUCAUUAAGGGAAGUGUGUUUAUAUAAAGGCAUACCAAUGUACUUUACCGACAGUAUAUUCAACGUUUCUUAACAUUUCAAGUAAAUAUUGGAACUGAUGUUGAUUAAAAGUGGAAUGCCCCUUUUAUUUUGUUGCAGGUAAUUAUUUGUUAUUCUUAAUUCCAUACAGUUUUGCUCUUUGAAAUAAUUCUAAUGUGGCAUUAUGUUUGAGAAAGUGAGCAAUUAUUAUGCUAUAUUUGCCUUAUUAUUUUUUCUUGACUUUUAAUGGUACAUCUCCGUACAUACACUGUAUAUUUUAUUACAGUUUGAGAUGACUUGUAAGGACCGUAAGCAAAUAUACCUCAGGUAACUCGAGCAUCCAGCCUUUGUACCUGCUCACAGUUCUUUAAAUUUAAAUGGACACACAUGUGGUUCUUAAUAUUGAACAAAGAUGCAUUUCUGUAAGCCAAGGACAGCCUGCCAUGUACAUUUCAAUUCAAAGCCUUUAUACAGCUGUUUUUGAAUAAAGGUGUAGUCCCUGUUA